CAGGCACUGGAAUCAGAUUUCAAGUGACUCUCUUUCCAACUAAUUUACUAAGUUGCACUUCUGGCUAAGUUAUCAGAAAAUUAGCUGAUUGCAAGUUAAAGUGACUUUUUUUUUUACAUAUAAUCAGACCAAAUGAACGAGUGCAACGAAGUAAACCUUUAAUCUCAAUCUUAAAGAAAAGAACCUGUGGGUGUGAUCUCACAUUCAGAUGACAAAUUAAACAUGGGUGAUGAGUGGUUUUAUCAGAUCAUUUCAAUAAGUCACUGAAUAAUAAGUUAUCGUUUCAGCACUUUUGUGCAUUCUGGCCACAAUUAAUUAAAGAUUGACAUAUAAUUUGGAAAAAUUAAGUCAGAAAUACAACAGGGAAAAAAAACUUUUUCCCAUUGACGAUCCAAAAUACCCUCCAAGCAACAAUUGGAAACUGGCUGAUAUGACAGCACUUUGAACUCUACUGUAUUGCACCAGUCAAAGGCAAAUUUCCUCAGCAUUUGGCUGGUGAUAGAUUCCCGUCCUGCAGGAGUUGGGUUUUUUUUUUUACUGUCCCCAUUGUUAUUAUGUUUAAUUCAUUUAAAUUGGACUACUGUAAAUAAUGUAGCCAACAACAACGUCAAGUAGAGCUGAAGUCUACAUUUCUAUUUUAAACAUAACUACUGGUACGAUCUACUGGUAAGAUCUUUUAAUUCAGUAAUGAUGACUGUGAAUAAUGUAUCAAUCAUUAUAAACAAGCUAUGUCAUCACUGCUGCGGUGCCGGUGAAGAGGACCAAAAGAGGCGAUCCCCCACCCACGCCCUCUUUGUACUCUUCCUGUACACUUACGGUAAUAUCAAGCACGCUCGCUUUUCUCAAAUCACUAAAAAUCACCUUCAUUUGUCCUUGUUCCAGCUCUACAAAUGGUUGUAAAAUAACAGAGGACUUCACAUUUAUGUAUAUUAAGCAGAAUUUUUCAAACAAGUAAACAAUGUUCUGCAAUUCACCAAUAUGUGUACAUGAGUUGCAUGCAAACUUUCAACCUCGCACCCACUUGCCUCGGAAAUGCAAACUGUUCACUAAGAGGAGACCGCAGUGUGGGAAAUCGUACUAUUGCAAGUGGGAGUAGGAAGUACACAACAUAAUUAAUAAAUCUAAAUACAUCUGCCUGAUAGUGUAAUAGUUUGAAAUACAAAUGCUUAGGUUAGUUUUGACCUCAUGUAGUAAGUUUUCACUGGAGUCUUAACAGUUAGAAAAAGAAAAGAAACAUGACUAAUAUUUCUUUAAGUCACCCACACACAUACCAUAGUUGGACAAAUUUCACAACAGUGCACUUGGCAAUUUUUUAGACAUGCAUUUCAUUUGGCUUAAACGGUGCAAUAGCAAAUAGUAAACACAUUCUGAAAAAACAAAACAAAAAUGACAUCAUCACAGUAUAACCAAGUCAAAACAAAACAAACAAAAUAUCGAUGAGCAACAACUGUGGCCAAGACAUCUGCACUGAUAACAGAGGCUACGUAAUAGUGAAAUACAGUACAGUGGAAAACUAAACAACAAAAUACAUAAUAUUGAAAGAGGAAUACAUUUAACCUAUAGGCCCUGUCCAGGUGUUCUGAGUAAAUGAUGCAUGUAAGAAACUAAAGUGUUACACUAUUAGAUAACUCACGCCGAUGCUGGCCUUUUAUUAAAAUGCUAAUAGCAAGUAUGAUAACCUGGAAUGAAAUUUUAUUUUACUACACAUUUUUAUUCUUCAUUUAAAGACAACAAUGGAUUAUUCUCAGAAUGUCUUUAUUUAAUUAAAUGUUUGUGAGUAAAAACAAAAACUUUAUUAAUUCAGUCACAGUCCAAACACCAUUGUUUUGGAAAUACAAACAUCCUUCCUUAACAAAGGAGGCAUACAGCUCAUAGAAAUCUGAAGGGAAAACACACACACACAGAAAAACACAAACAUAAAGUUUAUUUAAAAAAAACAUAGAAUCAGCCAAGUAAAAAGAAUACACAGUAUACAAAACGAUCUCCUGUUCCCUACAAGUUGACAGUUCCAAUGCAGAAAUGACAUUGUUCUCCAAGACAUUACAGACCCUAUAAUAAACACAUAUUAUUAAACACAUAUACACACAUAUAUACACACACGUGUGUGUGUAUAUAUAUAUAUAUAUACACACACACAUACAACCACAUAUAUAUACACAUAACUUAAAAAAUAAAUUGACUUAACAUUGACAUAACUUAAAAAAUAAUUUGAAUUUGUUUAUUCCAGCCGUGGCUUCUGCAACUCUCAACUUCACUUAAUUUGUACAAUAGUGCAAUUAAUCCCACACACUUUAUGUUAACAUUAUUGAAAAAUUUUGUAUGCUCAGAUUUGAAAAUGGAAAGGCGUCCUAAUAUUUUUUUUUGCCAUUUUUGAAGUUUAGUGCAAUUGUUCACAAUUUUCAUGUUUUAGAAAGUAAGCUUGUUCACUGUGUUGUAACUUUUUAGAAAAACACUUUUUACUCUCUCAUCUAGCCUCACUUCAAGUCACACUUUUUCUACUGCGUUUAACACUCUGGCUGACCGCAAUGAGCAACUCUCACUGUGUGACAUGUCUUCACCCCUGACCGAGAACUUUAGUCAUCACCAAAAACAUGCCUCAGUACAGCAAUGUUUCACAAAAUUUAAUGGAAAAGCGUUUAAAUGCAGAUGAGGCGUAUGUGACGAUUACAUUUCUCCACCAUGAAAGGACUUUUUUUUUUAGCAUGUGAGGAGACUAACAGCUACAAUUGGCUACGUAAAACAACUAAAGGACAUUGAUAAGACUUUGGUCAUAACUGCAUAAAAACGACUGGUUCCACUUUCUAAUAAGCCAACAUUUUCUAAAGGGUUUAAAGUUAUAACUAAUGGCUUUAUGAUUCUUUAAUUUUCACUGUGCUAUUUUAAUGUCAAGUCAUUCUUUUUUAAAUAUAUCCACCACUUUAUCUCUCUGUGGUGCAGAAGGUUGUGUUGUCUAACUUUGCAUGCAUCUUCAUUUUGAGACAUUGCUCACUUUGACAAAACUGCUUAGUAACACUGUUACACAGACACACACACACCACAGGUGGGUUAGGAGGGGUUCCUUGAUGGCAGCCAGAGGAGGAAAAUUCUUCUGAAUUUUAAAUCUACCUGAGGGCACAUUUUCCCUUCUGUAUGUGCAUCACAGAAGGAAGUCCUGAUAAGAUGGGAGUCUGAGUGAUGCACCUCUCAGACCAGUCGAAGCCCCCACCCACCUUUUCCCUUACGCUGACAGAGAGAGAGAACAGACGAGAGGGGUUUUCUCUUUCAUUCUCACUCUCACUUCCUCUUCUCUGGCAAAAGACAGAUGCAAAGAUUGUGUGUGUAGAGAACGUGUGAACGAACACUGACGGGGCAGGCAGACUUUACAGUGUGUGAGCUAGUCAUGUACAUGGGCACACAGACUAACAUAUGAUGCCUCCUUAAAUGUGUAAUACCAAUGCAUAUUGGAGUAGAUGACCAUCACUGGAGAAUUUCCAUUUUGCCAAAUUCUGUAAUCUGAAAACACAGUAGUGAUUAAAACUCAGUUCUAUGUCCUGUAUCUGCCUUUCUGAAAAUCUUGGGGCACAUGUAGGAAAAGUGUGUGUGUGUGUGUGUGUGCGCGCAUGAAAGUGGUCUGUGAACAUACAGACAUUAAAAGCUGUGAACCUAAAUACAUUCUGAUUUUAUUUUUCUACAAUGAAUGUUUUCGGUUUCUCCAGGUUCAGAAUAGUCAUUCACACUGCAGUAUGCGCACAUCUGCAGCUGGAAUGCACUGCACUUUAUUCUAAAUGGAAAUCAAUGUUGGUUAACACUUUGACGUGUGGUCUGCAAUGUGUUUCAAACACAAGCACUGGCCAAAGAGUACAGAAUUACAAAUAUGAUGAUGAUGAUAAUGUUUAAGCCUAAUAAAGUGUGUUUUGUUUAUUUUUAGGAAGCAUGGAAUAAUAUAUUGAUAUACUGUAUGUAGUUCCUACAACAAAUUACAAAAAAACAUAAAAAGCGUGAAGAUACAAAUUUCAAAUAUGACUGCUGUUUGUUCUCACUGUGGUGGACUAAUCUGCAACCAACACUGGUCGGGUCGCAUCAUUUUACCAAGUCCACUGACACCCAUUGGACACACUGGACACGUCAAACACACAAAAGAAGUCAUGGUACAGUAGUCAGGAUGUGCUGGUCUCGGGAACAAAUAUGAAAAAUUGCUGCUUUUCUGGCGAGAUGACACAUCGAUGCUGGCAAAUAAGACAGCGGUGUCUUAGCACAUGUCAAGGUGUCAGGAUACACCACCUGACACCUUAACAUGUGCUAAGACACCGCUGGCAGGGGCGUAGGACUGGGGGGAAAAGGGGGCUGAGUAUACAGGGCCCUCAUGUGAGGAAGGCCCACAAAGAUACUUGAAUGAAUAGCUGUGGAUGCAGGGAGGGGCCCAUAGAGAAUGCCUAUGUACAGGAUCCAGAAUUUUGUGCUAUGCCCCUGACCGCCGGAGUGUGGGCUUAUAUGGAAAACUGGUCUGGGUGUUUUGUCAGCAUCAUACGUCUUCAGUGUGUGUUGCCCUCACUGUUUAAGUCUAGCUAAGUACAGUGACACAUUGCCAUUUAUGUAACUCAACUGUUCGGGUUCACAGGUGCAGCAACAGGAGAACCAAAACGGGAGGGGAUAACAAGUAAUUUCACAGAUUAUUUCAACAUCAAAAACAUGUCUUGCACUGACUGUUAGUUAAUUGAGAGCUUGUUCAAUCAUUUUUAAACAUGUGGCAGUAAUAAACUAACAUCUACAAUGUGUGUGACAUUUAUUUGUGGAGCUUGAUAAAUGUGGAUUUAUUUACAAUGGAGAAGCAGUCAUUUCCUUACUGAAAUAUUAACUGUAAGGAUACUCUUUCUUCAUUUUCACUACUGUGACCCCAAAAGACAAAAUGCAUUUCAUUUGUAUUUUUGAAUUUAUUAUUCAACAACUAGAAUUCAACAUUUGGAAUCUAUAAUUCCAGUAAAUAAUUCAUAGUUGCAACAUUUUUUUUCCAUGAAUGCAUAAUGUAAAAGUAAAAUGAAUGCAUUCAUCAGCAAACCUAUUUACUAACCCGAAUACAUGUAAACCAGCACACCAUUAUUGAUUCAUUCAUCAAGAAUUUUUCACAUCACUGCACGUCUCAGUGUAUCUGGUUGUUCUCUGUAGUCAAGUUUGAAAGGAUCAAACUUCAUAAAAAGUUCAGAAAGUUCAACAACUUUUAUUGUGAAUGCUUUUAUUGUGAAAUUUGUUUCAAACAUGAGAGUCACAAGGGAAAGCACUGCCCUUAGUGACUCUCAUGACCACUGUUCCAGGGUAUCUCCCACAAAGGCUUGCAUGAGAUUUCACAACACACUUUUGCUUGUCUUUGCAAAUGGACAGAAAGAAAGACCUUUUCUGAUUGAUGAGCAACAGUGAGAUGAAAUGAGGGAAGUGUCAGCCUAAAAGCCCAGUUUAAAAGAUAUUAGGUAAUAUUCCUAAAUAUGGCUAGAAUCCUCCUUCACCAAGAAAACAUAUCUCCUCACUUCUCCUUUUGAUUAAACAUUAAUACUUAAAAAGGGUUUCCUGUUGUUGCAACAAGCUCUGUGUGUUUGUGUAGGUGGCCAUGAUGCAGUGAAUGCAUUCAGGUUGUCAAUACCACACUUACGAACACUACCUAUGACACGGUAUAGCUGCGGCUCCACUGAUUCAAAAUGAAAAUGGGAAGUGCCGUCUUCCUGUAGUUUCCUGUCGGGUGCACUCAAACAAGUUUACAUUCACACACACUUGCAUCUAUAGGCCCCACGCACGCGCGGCUUGACGCCACUCUCGAAUCACGUAGUGGUGACUGCCAGUGGAAAAGAAAAUUUCAUUACUCACACACACCAGUUUCUGCAGCUUUCCAACUCUCUGCAAGUGGUUUUCCUGUGUCCUCAGGGAUUAGUAUAAAACGGUAAGCGACACAACGGUCUACAUUUCCAGCAAAUCUUUCGAAAAGAGUCUUUUGGUGAUCUGGUGCCUGCUGCUGAAACUGAGAAUAUGAAGCUGCUUGUGUUUUGCCUCAUUGCAGUCUGCUGCUCUUCUUUGGCCAGCACAACGACAAACAAUGACAAACUAGUGAGGAAAAAAUUACAAGAAGUCCUGAGACAGCUGAAUGAUGUGAAAGAAAGCCUGCAGCACAAUGAGAAGAAUAAGACAAUGAAUACGCCACCAAAUAAUAUUGAGGACUGCUGCUGUCUGUCAGCCUUGCAAUGCUUUCGGGCUAAUCUGCAGGUGCAAUUCAACAUUACAGAAAGAAAAACAAGCAAACUUUACAGGAGCCUUAAGAAUUCCAUCACUGAGAGAGGUCUGAACUUUUGUAAUUCAGCAACUGUCACGUCCACCUGCCAAGACUGCGGCUCACAUCCAAAGGAACAUGCCACAGAGUUCUUCAACAGAUUGGAGUCUCUUAUUCAAAAGGCCAUAACCAGACUGAGCAUGAACUGAGGAGAGGCGAAGAUCUACUUGUGACCGAGGAUUGAAUGUAGAGAAGACACUACGCUGAAAAGAUGCUAAACAUGUUAUAGCCUUCUAAAUAUUUAACUUAUUUAAUAUUUAUUUAGAUAGUGAUGGGGAACCCACUCAAGCUAUGAAGAAGGUAUUCUCAGGAAAGCUGCUUUGCUGCCACCAAGUGGACUUGGCAGCUUUGAAUUGUUUUUCUCCUCUUUUUCACUGAAAGUGAAAAUUAAUUUAUUUGUUGUAGUUCUUAAAGAAUAUAACUUGUAUAAUGACAUUUAUACUAUGUAUGACGUGCCUUAGUACAGGAAUUAUUUUAUUUAAAUAAUUGUACCAAUUGAAAAUAUUAAAUAGAUUACAACACAGAGGUUUUGGUUUGCUUGGUUUAUUUGUAGGACAUUUCUAAAAGUUCCAGCAAAGUGGAUACAACACCAUCACUUAAAGCGAGUGAGUUUGUUAAACUCUGUGAAAAGCAGUGGUCCAUGAUAAAAUUCAUAAUUUGAUGUUUAAAACCACAAUUUUUAAUCUUCAGUAUAUAUAUUCUAUCUCCUGAACCACUGCUGUUAUACAACUAGCUUCAAUUUUUAGUUUUGACUUCACAUUUUUCAGAGUAAACGGACAGCACUGACAGUAAGUCACUGCUUAAUUUGUAUGCAUUUAUUCUAUUUUCUACGUGUGAUAACAAGAGUUGCACCACAAACAAGUAUUGUUGUUACUUUUUUUCAUGAUCAUGUUACAGUUAAACCAAACAUUUACAUGAAAUUGAGACUAUAAUUGGAAAAUUGGCCACAUAGCCUGCAGACUAGAGCAAAACAGCAAAGGGAAAAUGGUUUUCAGUCAUUUGUAAGGAUACAAAUUGUGGCGUUAAAUUAAAUAAGAUAAUAACUUUAUUUAUAUAGCACUUUUCAAAAACAAGUUACAAAGUGCUUUACAAAGACAAAAAAUAGAGAAAUUACCAGAUAAAUAAUAAAUAAAAGUAGAUACAGUAAUGACAAGUGAGGUAUGAAUUACUAAAACACAGUAAAAACACGGAAAGUAAAAACCUGAAGAAUAACCAAUUCAAGAAAAAGCUAUUCUGAAAAAGUGCAUUUUAAAGAGAGAUUUAAAAGAAGAAACAGAGCUAGCCUGCCUGAUCUCCUCCGGCAGGUCGUUCCAUAGUCGUCGGGCCCUGACUCCAAAUGCUGUCUCCUCUGGUUUUUAGCCUUGCCCUAGGAACUACUUCUCAGGCUGCAUUUGGGCUCGCAAGGGGUUAAGUCAGUGAUAUAUGCAGGGGCCAACCCCAAACUUGUUUUAAAAGUAAUUAUUAAAAUGUUAAAAUCAAUUCUAAAAACAUACAGGAAACCAGUGUAGAGAUGCUAAAAUAGGCGUUAUGUGGACUCUUCUAUUGGAUUUUGUGAGUAGUCUUGCUACAGCAUUUCUAGAACUAGUUGAAGUUUGGAAAGGUUGUAUUGAGUGAGACAAGAAUACAGUGAAUUACAGUAGUCUAGACGGAGUGUAACGAAAGCGUGGAUGUCCGUUUCCAGAUUCGUAGUGGAUAGAAAAAGAUCUCAUUUUCUAGAUAUUACGAAGUUGCAGAAAGCACGAUUGAACGAAUGACUUCACCUGUUGGAUACAGUGUUCACCAUUAGUGAUGUGGCUCUUUGAAGGGAGCCGGAUCUUAUGGCUCGUUAUUUUCCAAGAGCCGUUCAAAAGAAGAGCUCAUCGUUCUUUUUUUGUCUGUGAAAUAAUCACUAGUAUAAUGAACUUACCUUCUGUAUGAAGUGUUUUAUGUAAAUAAAGUUGCCUUGCCUUGAAUGCAAUUCAUGCAACACUUGAGAAAACGCUUUAACUCUGCCCAGCUAAUGGGAUACCAGUGUGCGCCAGGUGGCUCAGGGAAUGUGACAAGGAGGGAGUCCACGCAAGAGAUUUACUUAACAAGCAUAAUUUAUUGAAACUAAAGUUAACACAAAUGAACAAUGAGGUGUAGAAAUCAUGUCAACAAUACAUAGAUGUGUGCUGUGGAAGUGUUGUGGUGCAAAAGUUAAAAAAGCUGUAGGAAAGGAGAGUUACGUUACUAGUAUACUGUUCAUGUAAAGGGGAGUGGAUAAAGGACAGACAGUGAAAUUUGGGCACAAUGAUAAAAAAGACUGGCUCAAACUAAGUACGACUUGUUUCCCUUUGUUCAUAUCAAAGAGCUGUUGGAAAGAGUUGGAUUGUUCACAAACAUAACAUCACUAUUCACCAUUGCCAAUGGUAGCUGGUGCUGGGAUUUACAAUGGUUAAAGGGGCACCAACCUGUAGGUUCAAUUUAUUAAUUAUGUCUUUCAGAAUUAUCCACUGACCACUUUUCUUAAAGAAGAGAAAUGAUUGCCAAUCAGGAAUCUCAUAUAAUAUACUAAACUAUCAAUGUGGAACUGAUUAAUAAUUCAAUUAAAUGGCUGCUUGGUUCCAAAAUGGAAAUCUAAUUCAAAAUGGUGGCUGAGCAGCGGCCGCAUGGUUAGACAAAGAAAGGAAAUUUAAAAUCGGCUAGACCAUGUUUGAUAAAGAGUGUGGCUAUGUUAAAAGUCAAAUUGAAGUGGAUGUGUGAACUGUGUAGGAUAAACAUUGCCAGAUUAAACGAGAGUUAGUUAGCAUGCAAAGACUCUGUGUGAAGCAUAACAUUAACUAACAUCAAUUUAGCAUGUGGCGACCAAAUCCUAACGGGGAAGGACAUCACAACAAUAAAACAAUACAUGUAGCGUUACAUUAGUUAAACAGUCCUGUGCUUAACCAAGUACAUUGUUAAGCUAUGUUAAGUUAUGUAAUGCCCAGUUACGUCACUAGUCCAUGGAGGGAAAGAAGGUUGCUUUGAAGUCCUCCUUGUUAUCUGGCGGUUCUGUUGGAAUGAGCCAGGCAGGGAAGGAUGUUGGUUCCAAUUGAAGAAAAGUCCUUGCUGUGCAGUCCAUUGCAGAUGGAGGAACUGGUCGCUCUGUCUGUUGUUCUCCUUACAGUUACUUCUUAAAGUUAACUGGCAGACUUCGUGUAGUAGCCGUUGGUGCUAACUAUUGGUGCAGAAAUCUUACACAGGCCCUCGCGUUGCUGCUGUAGGAGAGAGUUCAGUUCUGCAGUGUGUCUUCUCCAAGCAGGCAGAGAGGGAGACAGCAGCAGCCGAAGAGAAAGAACUGGAGAAAAGAGACUACAAUGGUCGCUGACCCUUUUACUGACCUGGUGACAUCACGGGUCACAGGUCAGACUGACCAAUGGUAGCUGGGAGCUGGGUCCAUGGGGGGAGGGUUGUGGGAAACUGAGUUCACUGGCUCUCAAAAGAGCAUGCAGUCUCUCAGUGUGGUCCCAACACUGGCAUUAUGAAUCCCUCCAUCUGAUACUGAGCACACAUCAUGAGAGUAAAUUUGUAUUUAUGCUGAAGUUUUUGACACACUUUGUCUUUACACUAUUGCAUUUUCCCGAUUUGAAACCACUUAUCGGGUUUGCUACCAAGAUAUGUACUAGACUAAAGCAAAUACUAGGACUUGGUAUAAAUUGUCACACUAUUUUAUAUGUUUUUAAUUGUUUUAUUCGGCCAUGUGUUGUUGUUGUAGAAGUAUUGUGCAAAUAGUACCAUUACUGAUUAAACCACCAUUACUGAAAUGAAAAAAACAAACAAAAAGGCAGCGCGGAAAUUGUGUCGAUGUUAAACACAUUCUGCCCUAAUAAUGCAAAGCACACUCACACACCGAAGGAACAGCCCAGCAAUUUGGGGUUCAGUGUCUUGCCUAAGGACACUUCGACAUACUUUGACAAGUGGACUUUUAUAGCUUGCCUUGUAUGUGUAUGUUUUCACUCAUUUUAGGAUUUACUUUGUUUCUUGAUUUCCUAUUACAGUAUAUUCAUUACAUUGUCUCCAGUAAUUUUUCCAAUGACCUUACUUUCCUUUUUAAGUGUUUGGUAUUUUAAAGGAGCGUAGUCUCAUUGAAGAACCACGGCACAGCAGCAGCACCAAAAUUAAAUAUGAAAUCUUACAACAUGGUACAUAGUGAUCAAAGCUCAUACCACAGGAUUCCAGGCUCAAAUAUAAAUAAGCAGUUAUAACAGUUUGUUAGAUGACUUUUCAUGUCAAAAAUAAAUAAAUAAAUAAAAAAAAAAAAAAAAAAAAAAA